CCGAAAUUCAACUCAAAGCUUCCUUCCAUUCCGUACACACCUCGAACCAACCCAACCCAUAAACUCAACCGCACCCGAACCUCAGCACAGCUGACAUGAACCGCACCAACACGCCAACGCCCCCAACACAACCGCUCCCGACCUAAACACCUACCUACACCAACCCGCCAAAAUGGCAACCCCAGACACAACAACCCUAACCACCUCCCCCCAAAUCUUCAGCGCCCACACACUUCCUCAAAUCCGGCUAAUCCACAAAUCCCUGCACACACAAAUCGACGAAAAGUCCGCGCGUCUGCGCACCCAAGUCGGGAACAGCUACCGCGACCUCCUCGGGACCGCGGACGCCAUCGUGCGCAUGCGGGCCGACAUGCUCGCCGCGCAGGACGUGUUGGGGUCGAUGGGGGGCCGGUGCGGACGCGCUGCUGUGGCGGGGAAGAUUGGGAAUUUGGGGACCUUUGCGGAGGGCGGGGAUGGGAGGGUAAGGGAUGUAGCGAGGGUUAGACUACUUGGUGCGUGUGGGUUGGUUGUGGAUCGUUUGUUGAGAGGGGGGAAGAAGGAGGGAGAUGGGGAGAUGGGGAGGGGUGAUAGGUUGGUGUUGGCGGCGAAGGUGCUGGUUUUGAAGCGCCUGCUGGUGUCGAGUUUUGGUGCUGGGGAUGGUGUGGAGGAGGGGGUUAGGAAGGCGGUUGAGGCGGCGAAGAAGAGUUUGGGUGGGUUGAGGAGGAGGCUUUUAAGGGCGGUUGAAAAGGUUUUGGAGAAGACUAGCGAGGGGGCUAAUCGGGAUGAUAUUCUAAAGGCCUUGACUGCGUAUAGCUUGGCCUCGAGUUCCGGGGCGAGGGAUGUUCUGCGUCAUUUCCUGAGUGUGAGAGCUGAGGCUAUCACGUACGAAUUCGACUUUGAGGGGCGUGAGAAGGAAAGGGACACUGAAAGCGUUUUGAAGGGCCUUGAUUUAUAUACGAGGACGCUUUUAGAUGUGCAAGCCCUAGUGCCUAACAAGCUCUCUGAUGCGCUGCUUCGGCUCAAAAAGCAGCAUUUGCUUGCGGAUGAAUCACUCCAGGGAUUAGAGGGCCUUCGACUAGAUGUAUUCGAGAAGUGGUGUGGGGAGGAGAUACAGUAUUUUACCCCCUUCAUCCGACACGACGACCUGGACGGAAAAUACGCCAAAGAAAUGCUUACGAGCUGGGCGACGAAAGGUGGUGAAAUCCUUCUUCAGGGUCUUAGGAGGACAUUGGAGCACGUUUCCGAGUUCAAGACCAUUGUGGAUCUAAGGACAAAAGUUCUUCAACAUUGGAUUAAGGAUGGGGGGAAGGCCCGAGGGUUUGAUCCGUCAGUCAUGCUUAACGGUAUACGAGAAGCUAUCGAUGAUCGUCUCCUGCACAACUUGGAGGCUAAAGUUGCCAAGCUCAAGUUGGUCGGAUCUGAGGUUACCGCAACACUCGAAGCAUGGCGCCCUGGUACCACCGACAAGCACCAAAGUUUGUGGGAUGAAGAGAUACUGGAUACAGAUGUAUCGGGCAACGCGACCCAUAUCACUCGCGAAGUAAUCUCUCGUCUGUACGGGAGAAACGAUGCCGUGGCCAGGGUGGUCACUAGCUACGAGUCGUGGCACCACGUUAUUGACAGCGCUAGUGACUUAAUCGGCCAGCUUAAACGACAACGCUGGGACGACGACAUCGAAGAGAUAGAAGACGAGGACGUCAUUACAGAGCGACAAACACUAUUAAGCAAAGACGACCCGGAAUUGCUCAAGAAGAAAUUGGACGAAAGUAUCAUUGAAGCUUUCAAGGAUUUAAAUGAGCAUUUAAGUACUGCCUGGAAAUCUACGUCGGAUAGCCCGGAUAACGGACCUAUUUCCAUGUAUCUCUUGCGAAUCCUAAGAGAUAUUCGUGGCGGGUUACCUAAGUUAGAAGAGAUCAAAUCUUUUGGCUUGGAAAAUGUACCGUCUCUACAUGAGACGUUAGCAGCUCACGUGUCGGUCUCCCCCUUGGAAGAAUUUGCUUCGACGACCUUAGCGAGGAGGCAUGUAGCCGGUCGAGCCUUGUGGGAAGGAGAACCAGCCUUGCCAGCACAACCGUCCCCCGGCGUAUUCAAACUUUUACGCAGCCUUAUCAUGACUAUGGGAGACGCAGGUCUGGAUCUCUGGACGCCUACCGCCGUCCGUGUUCUCAAGCGGACUUUUAGUAAGCAGUUAGUCGAAGCUUGGCGUGAGGAACUCAACUCCGAGACUACAGAUGUUCAAAAGACAGAAGAAACGAGUGAAGAAAAGUCGUCGGAGAAGGAAGACGACGGUCCGUCAGAAGCUCCAGAAGCUGCAGAGGAUUCAUCAAAGGAGGAGCCAUCACAAGAAAAAUCUGAGAGAAGCAAUGAUGUAUACAUUCAGUGGCUCUACGACAUCCAUCUCAUCGUGCAAUGUCUUGGUACCGACGUUAGCUUAGAGGAGUCAUUCAACACAUUUGUAGAGGAAAUUUUCGAAAAGACGGGGCUAGAAAACGGAGCCAAGGACAAGCUGGCGAAGGCGUCGGAGGAAUAUUGGAAGAGGACAAGCCUGUUAUUUGGGCUGCUCGCAUGAUACCCAUGACUUAAAUCGCAUAUUAUGGUAGCCGGCGC